UAUCCGGCUUCCGUGGCAUAAAACAUUUUGACGUCAGCGUAAAUAUCCGGUAUUAGCUCGACAAAGUAUCCUUACAUUUCUGUGCUAUCUUUGGCAACAUCAUGGAGGUGUUUCUUUCUGGUCCACUUCUUCAUUUUUGCAACGCUUCUUUUCCUACUGGAGCAUCUGUUCGUGAUCUAGUUAAUAUUUUUACGAAAGAAAAGGGAAUCCCAUCAUCGGAUCUCUAUGUCAAGAAUAAUGGACGACUAUCAGAGCUUGAUGAGAAAUUGCAGGCUGGAGCGGUGUAUCGACUGGAGCCUCGUCUCUGUGGAGGGAAAGGAGGCUUUGGGUCUAUGCUGAGGGCUCUUGGGGCACAAAUUGAGAAGACCACAAACCGCGAAGCGUGCAGAGACCUAAGCGGAAGGAGACUAAGAGAUGUCAACCAUGAGAAAGAGAUGGCAGAGUGGCUUAAGAAGCAGGCAGACCGCGAGGCAGAGAAAGAGCAAAGGCGUCUGGAGAGACUGCAGAGGAAGCUGGCUGAGCCCAAGCAUCACUUUACAGACCCAGAGUACGAGAAGCAGUGCCACGAUCUCUCAGAACGCCUGGAGGACUCCGUUUUAAAAGGAAUGCAAGCCUCUUCCAGCGGACUAGUGAAAGUAGACGAGGCACCGAAACGCAAAAAGCCACCUCCAAACAAAGGCCAAGGGAAAAGCAAGAAGAAAUGCUUUUGGACUGGUGUUGGUGGCCUGGAUGACCUCGACAGCUCUGAGGAUGACGAUGAUUCAAGCGACAGCGGGAACUCUCCCUCCACAUCUGCUUCCGUUUCAGGGGUACCCGAUUGUCCCGUAACGGGAGCAACGUCAGCUCACACAUCAGCCUCUCAGAGCAGAGCGGAACAAACUGCAACUCCGGAAGCUCCUAGGGCAAGCAGCAACUCCAUCUCAGGACCCAGCUCUCCAGAGAGCCCAGUCGAGGUGCAGACACAAUCUCAAGCAGAGGCAGCAACUUUUGCUACCAGUGGUAGUGGGGAGCAGAAGGUGGUCCCCACAGAAGAAACAUUCCCAAAGACCGACAAUCUAAGCGUAGCUCAGAGUAGCGUCAACCAAGCCGCUUGUGAAGAUGGGCCCUUAGACCUCCAGGCAGUGCACUCAGACAAGGAGUUGGAGACUUUGGGGUUGGACAGGCUAAAGGCAGAACUGAUUGCACGGGGGAUGAAGUGUGGGGGAACCCUGUCCGAGCGCGCUGCUCGCCUUUUCUCCACCGUAGGGCUUUCUGCAGAGGACAUCGAUCCUGCCCUGUUGGCCAAACCCAGCAAGAAGCAAUGACUGCCUAGUGCCUAUUACAGCACCGUAUAAUAUUGAGUCUUCUGCUAAGUGGACUCCUGAUAUAACUAUGCCAUGUGCCCCAGAUUCAAAGUGUGAUUAUUUUUGUUUGCCCCAUAUAGUGGACACAAUUAAAGAUUGUCCCAGCUAUUGGAUAUAUCCCAGAAUUCUCCUGUUCUCAAUGCAUUUCUGACAUUUUUUUCUAGAGUAGAUUUUACUUUUUGAAAUUCUUAAGUCAAUGUACUGUGGUCCUUCUGUAGCUCAGUUGGUAGAGUUGGUAGAGCAUGGCGCUUGUAACGCCAGGGUAGUGGGUUCGAUCCCCGGGACCACCCAUACGUAGAAUGUAUGCACACAUGACUGUAAGUCGCUUUGGAUAAAAGCGUCUGCUAAAUGGCAUAUAUUAAGUAUUAUAUUAUUAUUAAGUAUAUAUUAUUACUGUCCCUUAUGUUUGAUGAAAUGUCACAAAUUAAAUGAACUUUCUCUUUAUCACAGUAGUUAGGUUUUUAUCCAAUUGGUGACAGAUUUUCAUGCAAAUUUUCUAAAACGAUAUGUGCAUUUUUCAACUAGAGAUGUUACCAUCACGUGACUCCAAGUUUACUUUGAUAUGAUGGUUAUUAUAUUAACAUUUGAGUAUGAAGGUGUUUCCACUGCCAUUUCUCGUGUAAUUAAUUUUCCAGAAACAAAGUUCCCACCUUGUCUUGCCUUUUGUGUUUUGUUGACAUUUGGAAAGUUGUUAACACAAUUUGCUGUUUCCGAAAGGCCUGUUGUGAAUUUUUUAAAUCCAAUGUUCUUUACUGACAUAAAAAGGUUGAAUGGCAACCUGGUUGGUGAGUGGUUGAUCUCACAACCAACAUAUUUUUAGGACAGAGAAAUUAUUUGGCUUAAGUUAGGUUCAUAACUCUGGAAAUGGCUAUCUUGUUGUUCUGUGGUCUUAUAUAUACCUAUGUUCCUUUUGUGGAUAUAUGGUUGAAUAAAAGGACUUACUGUAUUGUUUUAAGCUCAAA